AUGGACGGGGACCUCAGUCUCUCCCAGUCUCUGGGAGGUCUCCGGAUAGCCAACCCGGAUGACUCGUCUCUACACUCCGAGGAUGCCGCGACUCCAACCCCGGCCACUGCGACGACGGCUCAGCCUCCUGCCCCCGAACCCAAGCGCGAGUCGACACUCUUCCAACAACGGUCAGGCAGCUCGACGUCCCUUCCCUUCCUGUCGAUGCCAUCCACGGGCGAGAGCCUGUACGACUUGUCGACGAACCCCCACGAGAACCGGAAUUCCAUCGUCCUUCCUUACCUAGAUAUACAGCAACAACCGACCUCGCAAUUCCCCCCCUAUGCCCCCCAACAACAGUCUCAGAUUCCCUCGUCGGGUUCGUCUCGUCCCCUAUCAGGUCUUUUCGCGAACGGUUCUACGUCGACCCUGGCCGCCCGGGAGGGCUCCUAUCGAAUCCGCACCGACUCCGCCGCGUCGUCCGCCUCCGAAAGCCAGGCUCGGGCAGAAUCUCGCGGUGGCUCUGCCGCGUAUCAAGCCGGCGUUCCCGUGCGUGAUAAUAGCCACAGCGACCGAUCGUACCGGACAGCCCAGUUGCCCGCAGGCAACGGGCCGAUGGUGAUGCGUCAGACUUCCCGUGCCCACGCGCGCGGCGGUAAUGCGGCUCAGCUGGCGGGGUCGCCGUAUGGGAUGGAGAAUGGCCCCGUACCCAGCAGCGAGGACUGGCAAGACCGAGGCGCCGCUGUGUCUGUGAGACAGGAGCUAGACGCCAACGGGAAGCCCGUUGCGCGCUACAUCAAAAAGGGGGUGCGGGAUUUCUCGUUCGGCAACACUCUCGGAGAAGGAUCCUACAGUACCGUGGUGCUUGGUACGGACCGACAGACUCUGAAGGAGUAUGCAAUUAAGAUCCUGGACAAGCGACACAUCAUCAAGGAGAAGAAGGUCAAAUAUGUGAAUAUCGAGAAGGACACCUUGAACCGACUGACCGAACAUCCGGGAAUCGUUCGACUUUACUACACUUUUCAAGAUGAGCGUUCGUUAUACUUUGUGUUGGAUCUAUGCAAAGGGGGAGAACUGCUGGGCGUGCUAAAGCGCAUGUCGACUUUUGACGAGGAGUGCACGAAGUUUUACGGUGCCCAGAUCCUAGACACCAUCGACUAUAUGCAUCGGCGCGGCGUGAUCCAUCGGGACCUUAAACCGGAGAACGUACUUCUCGACAACCAGAUGCACGUCAAGAUCACGGACUUUGGAACGGCCAAGAUCCUCAAGAGCCCGCGGCGACCGGAGAAGAAUACGAGCGGAAUGCCGCCGUUAGACUCGGCCGACAUGCCCGCAGAGGAGCGUGCCAGCUCCUUCGUCGGCACCGCGGAAUAUGUCAGCCCGGAACUGCUCACCGACAAGAACGCCUGCAAGGCAAGCGACCUGUGGGCGUUUGGCUGCAUUAUCUAUCAGCUCUUGGCCGGUCGACCCCCUUUCAAGGCCGGAAAUGAAUACCAAACUUUUCAAAAGAUCGUCGCGCUUGAUUACGAAUUUCCCGUCGGCUUUCCUGCCGUUGCCCGCGAUCUCGUCGAGCGUCUGCUCGUUCUCGACCCAGCUCGUCGGCUGCCGAUCGAACACAUUAAGAACCACGAAUUCUUCCAGGGUAUGACCUGGGGCCCGGACCUCUGGAAACGAAAAGCACCUCGGCUGAAGGCGUAUGUACCGCCGCCUCGUGAGCCCAUCAAAUUAAACGGAGGCAGAGACGGGGAGAGUUACCCGCCGGGUAUCAGCACGGCUCCUACCGGUGCCACCAACGCCAGCUCCAGGGUGGUCCCAAGACUCGUGACGGAGCUGCCCCCUCCCAGCCAACUUGAUAUUGAAUGGUCUCCGGUAUUGACCAAGACCAAUGAGCGAAUACUCAAGCUGGGGAAUUUGAUGGUUUUGUCUUCACCGGCUGCCCAUAGCCCCGUCUCAAAGAACGGAACUGGUGAAGUCGAGGCCCCGAAGAAGUUUUCACGUUUCUUCGGAGGUAGCACCACCAAGAAGCGACAGCGACUGGUCAUGGUGACUUCGUCAGCCCGAAUCAUUCUGGCUGCAUCCGGAGGCGACGAAAAGAAAGCCAAGAUGGAGAUUUCCCUGCUUGGUCCGGGGACGCAGUAUCGCACUUCGACAGACACCAAAGGAUUUUCAUGUUGGGUUGUCGAUACGCGAGACAAGCAUUUCGUCUUCGAAGACCCUAAACCCUCGUCUAGCAAUGUGGGUGCCACCGCUUUGUCGGCACAGGAAUGGCUGGACGCGCUGGACCGAGCGAAAGAAAUGGCUCUGUCCCAGCAAAGCAAUGGCUCCUACUCUGCCGACGAAGCAUUCCAUAACCUGUCUUCCGAAAUGUCAAGCCAGGCCAACACUCUGGAUCAAAGUUCUGAGAUGCACCAUGAAAACCCGCCAUCAUCGUCCGGGCGGGCCACGCUCGUCAAGCACCAGGCCACUGACUCUGAAUCCGUGAAAGGGCGAAAAAGAUUCAGCCGGCGCCACUCAAGGAACGGAUUGGCUGCAGUCUUCUAG